AUGUUCCAUUUAUCACGAAUCGCCCAUUUACUGAAAUCCUUGCCCGUAAUCGUUCGCUCGAAUCGACGCCUGUCCAAAUGUCACUCGGAAUUUUCGUCGAAAGUCGUGCGAAAAAAAUUCCUGGAUUACUUCGUGCAAGAACACAACCACAAACAUGUCAAAUCGAGUCCGGUUGUUCCCUACUGCGAUCCUACCAUCAAUUUCGUCAACGCCGGCAUGAAUCAGUUUAAGGGCAUUCUCAUUGGAACACAACAACCCAAGUACAGGACUGUAGCGAAUAGCCAAAAGUGCAUCAGAGUGGGCGGAAAACACAACGAUUUGAGCGUGGUGGGUUCGGACGGGUACCAUCAUACGUUCUUCGAGAUGCUCGGAAACUGGUCGUUCGGGGAGUACUUUAAGGCGGAGGCUUGUAAACUCGCUUGGGAUCUUCUAACAAAUGUGUUCAAAUUACCGAAGAAUCGAUUAUACGUCACUUAUUUCAAAGGGGACCACGAAUUGGACUUGAAAGAAGAUGUAGAAACUAAAGAAAUUUGGAGAAACUUAGGCUUAUCGAACGAUAGAAUCCUACCGUUUGGCGUAAAAGACAAUUUUUGGGAAAUGGGCCUAGCGGGGCCCUGUGGACCUUGCACGGAGAUCCAUUACGAUCACAUCGGUGGCGCAGAUAGAGCUAAAUAUUUAAACAAAGGCCUGCACGAUCUCAUCGAAAUUUGGAAUGUGGUAUUCAUCGAAUACAACAGAUUACCCGAUGGUACGAUACACAAACUACCGAGGAAGCACGUCGACACCGGAAUGGGCCUCGAACGAUUAACAGCCGUUUUACAAAACAAAAUCAGCAACUACGAUACGGAUAUAUUUCGAUAUUUGUUCGAAGCUAUAUACAAGAAUUGCAGGGGCGUUAGGAGAUACGGCGGAUCGUUCGGCGAAAAGGACUGGAACGAUUUGGAUAAAUCUUAUCGAACGAUGGCGGAUCACGUGCGAAUGAUAACCGUUUCUUUGGCCGAUGGAAUGAUACCGGAAGAAAAUCAGAAACUACGCAAGAUAAUGAGAAAAACGUUUCUGCUCGGCGACAACGUGUUCAAGCAACCCAAGAAUUUCGUGAAAGAACUGACGAAUUACGUCGUGGAUAACUUGGGUCCGGUUUAUCCGGAACUCGAACGAAACAUAUCCCAAGUGCAUCGAAUCGUUUCGUACGAAGAAGAAGUUUUCGAAUCGCUCAGGCGAUCGGCUUCGAAAGACUGGGAAAUACUCGCGAAAUCCAAUCCCAAAUUGUCGCGACUCGAUAUCGUAGAAACGCCGAAUUUCGUUAAAGCUUACAAGGAAGUCGGUGAGAACAUGCCGAAGGAAAUCCACCCGAAACUGGCCUUUAAAUUGUACGAUACCCACGGUUUGGACGAAGAAACCAUCGCGAAGCUCGCCGAAGCUUUGAACCUUCGAUUCAAUCCCGAUGAUCUGAUCGAUGAAUUGCAAUCGGUGAAAAUCAAAUCGAAACGAGCGAGCGUUAGAGUCGAAAACGGCCUCUAUUCGACUCUAUUUAACGAUGGAAUUCCGAAAACGGACGAUCGAUCGAAAUACUCGUACUCGAGAAGCAUUGAUGGGAAAUACAAGUUCGAUGGCAUUCGAACGAAGGUUUUGAAAAUCCUGCGAAACGAUGAACGUUUGAGUGAAAUCGAAAGCGAUCAUUACUGCAGCUUGAUUUUGGAUAGGACUAAUUUGUAUUCCGAAGCAGGCGGUCAGACGAGCGACAGAGGGUUGAUUGAAUUCCCCGAAGGCGUGUUCGAAGUAACAUCUCUCGAGAAUUUGAACGGUUAUAUUUUACACAACGGUUUCUACAAAUCGAAAACGGAAAAAUUACAAUGCAACAUCGAAGGGAUCUUGAAAGUUGAUGACGGUUUUCGAUUGAAUUGCAUGCGAAAUCACACGGGGAUACAUCUGUUGAAUGCCGUGCUGAAAAAACAGAAGUCGGUUACUUGCCAGAAAUCCAGUCGGGCGACCGAUAAAUAUCUAAAUUUCGACGUUGCGAUAUUCGGCGAUAAACUUUCCAAACGAGAUCUCGUCGACGUGGAAAAGGGCGUUUUGGAAAUCGUUAAAAAAAGCGAACCGGUCUCGAUACGUUCGAUCGACAGCCAGGAAUUGUUAGCGUACAACGAGCUGACUUUGAUACCGGGUGAAAUCUAUCCGGAUACCGGAAUCAGGAUAGUCGAAAUACGAAGUGGCGAUUUCUUAUCGAGGGAGCCCUGUUGCGGUACACACGUUGCGAAUACAGCGGAUGUCGAGGAUUUUUGUUUGGUUAACGUGAAAUCGUUGGGAAGAAGUACCGCAUCGGUAACGGCUGUAACCGGAGAAGUUGCCAGGCAAGCCAGAAAAAACGGAGCGUUAUUGUUGGAACAAAUCGAAGCUUUAUCGAAGAAAAUAGACGAUAACAUAGACAAAAGAGAAGUUCUUAAUAUGGCGGUUGGGGCGUUAAAAAAGAAAUUAACCAACAAUUUCGACGAAUCGUACGUUCUUCCUUUGAACGUGAAAAUCGAGUGCUCUGAGAAAUUGGAUUCGAUAAUGAAGAAAAUCCAAAAUGUGGAAACCGAAUGUUUAAAGGAUUUCGUGGUAAUGGAAAUGCAAAGCGCCUUGGAAUCCAAUAUUAGGACGACGAAAUCGAACAGAAAAUAUCUGAUUCACUAUUUGCGAAGUUCGACGAUGCUCGAUAAUGUCCCUUUGCAAAAAGCUACCAAACUGUGUCCGGAUUUGCCUAUUUUAGUUAUAGCUUAUGUCGAUAAUACUGUGAAAGCGAGAUGUUGCGUUCCUAAGGAUGUAAAGACUGAUUCAUUCACCGCGGAAAAAUGGAUGAACGAAAUAGCAUCGGUGUUCAAUAGCAGGGCGGCGCCUCCGAAGGGACAAGAUGGAGGUUUAGUGUGUAAUAUGAAAGCGAAAAGGGUUCACGUUCAAGAUUUGGAUCCGCUGUUGAAGGAUGGCAUGCAGAAAGCGCAGAAAUACAUCGAAGAAAACCUGUGA